GGCCAUUUUUUCGGGGUGUUUGUUGUUUUCUCCCAAGCAGCAGGCUGUUCUCAGGUCGACGCUGAGAGCAGCCUACCAGUCACCCUAUGGCCAGUGUGCAGGAGGGUGAAAUGAUCCCAGAUCAGUGUCUGUUCCGGUGUCAUUCCAUCCCCCCAUCGCGGUACUAGGUGCGCGCCAGCCUCGCGAUAGCCUCGCUUACUAGAAUCAAAGCUCCGCUCGCGAACUGGAUGCUGACAGGCGCGCGGUGCGGUCAUCAUGCAAAGGUUACACUGGAUCCGUUUCAGCGAGUCUCUAAAGAAGCCGCUUCUCCGCAGCACAAUGCGAGGCGGGUAGCGGUAGCAACACAAACUCACGCUCUGACUCACGUUUACUGGCCUGUUUUGUCCACAGCAGGUGUCUAACGAUGGACGCAAGUUUGGGAUUUCCGCAAACGGCAGUGUGUACGCUGGCUCCUCUCGGCGGUAAAGUGGCUUCAUGAGUGUCCAAAGUAACAGUGGAAGUGGUGGUGGAAGUUUGGAGGCGACGCCAUCUUGGUCGCAGCUCUCCUCGUCCCCAACGAUUUCUCAACAACCUAUAACUGCGACGGCAAAGAGCAAGGAAGCCCCAAUGGAGGAGCUGCACAGCCUGGACCCCAGGAGGCAGGAGCUGCUGGAGGCCAGGUUCACAGGAGCCGUCAGUGGCAACACCGGAGGCAGCACCGGGAGCACCAGCGGGGGUGCUAAGGGCCUGGCCAAUGAGUCCUCCAACCACAGCUAUGGCAGCCUGGGCUCCUCCAGUGACAAGGAGUCGGAGAGCUCUGAUUUGAAAAGAGGGAGCUCCCCUGCCUACUCAACCCCGGAGAAGAAGCACUCGGAAUCGUCCAGGGGGAGGAAAAGGAAAGCGGACACCUUUUCAGAGAGUAGUCAAGGGAAGACGUCCACACGUGGGCCCAAGAUCAGCGACUACUUUGAUUUUCAGGGUGGAAAUGGUUCCAGUCCUGUCAGAGGCCUCCCAUCAGCCCGCCGCUCUCCACAGAACUCACACUCUGCCCCGGGCUCACUCGUCCGGCAGAAUAGCUCUUCUCCUACAAGUCUGUGUUUUGUGGAACAGAAUAAAGCUUCCUCCACCAAGUGUGUCCAGACGGACUUAACGGGCCUGAAACUCGCUGCUCUGGAGAGCAACAAGAGUCUGGACCUGGAAAAGAAAGAGGGGCGGAUAGAUGACCUUCUCAGGGCUAACUGUGACCUGCGGAGACAGAUAGACGAACAGCAAAAACUCCUGGAGAAAUACAAGGAGAGGCUCAACAAGUGCAUCACCAUGAGCAAGAAACUGCUGAUAGAGAAGAGCACCCAGGAGAAGCAUUCGUGUCGUGAGAAGAGCAUGCAGGACCGCCUCCGUCUCGGCCACUUCACCACCGUCAGACACGGAGCGUCCUACACGGAGCAGUGGACGGACGGAUACGCAUUCCAGAACCUGAUCAAGCAGCAGGAGGGCAUCAACCAGCAGCGGGAGGACAUCGAGCGCCAGAGGAAGCUGCUGGCCAAGAGGAAGCCUCCAAACCCCGCCUCCCCCUCACUCUCCGUGGCCUCCACCUCUGAACCCAAGCAGCGCAAAACUAAGGUGGUCAACGGCAACGACUCCGACCCCUUCCUCAAGCCCUCCUUGCCCCAGCUACUGACCCUCGCUGAGUACCACGAGCAGGAAGAGAUCUUCAAGCUUCGCCUUGGACAUCUAAAAAAGGAGGAGGCUGAGAUCCAGGCGGAGCUGGAGCGCUUGGAGCGGGUGAGGAACCUCCACAUCAGAGAGCUGAAGAGGAUCAACAACGAGGACAGCUCGGCGUUUAAAGACCAUCCCACCCUGAACGAGAGGUACCUGCUGCUGCACUUGCUGGGCAGGGGCGGCUUCAGUGAAGUCUACAAGGCUUUUGACCUGUUUGAGCAGCGCUACGCAGCUGUUAAAAUCCACCAGCUCAACAAGAACUGGAGGGAGGAGAAGAAGGAGAACUACCACAAGCAUGCAUGCAGGGAGUACCGGAUACACAAGCAGCUGGACCAUCCUAGAAUUGUCAAACUCUACGACUAUUUCUCCCUGGAUACUGACACGUGAGUGACCUCUGACCUCUGCCUGCUGGGCG